AUGAAGGCAGGAUUACAAUCUGCCAAGGGAGGUAAUCACUGUGAGGAGUUUGCUGAGAAUAGUUUGUUACAUUUUAGUAUAAGUGAAGUUUUAUUUCCAUUUCAGUACGGGUUUGCUCCAAAAGGUUCGUCUGUCAUACUCUAUAGUGAUAAAGAAUACAGGAAGUACCAGUUCUUUGUCCAGCCAGAUUGGCCUGGUGGUAUUUACGCCUCACCUACUCUAGCAGGCAGCAGAUCUGGAGCUGUUAUUGCAUCAUGUUGGGCAGCUAUGAUGUACUUUGGGCAGGACGGGUAUGUACAAAGCACCAGAAAGAUUGUGUCAACAGCAAGAUAUAUUGCACAAGAAUUGAGGAAAAUAAAUGGAAUAUACGUUCUUGGUGAUCCUCAAGUGUCGGUGGUAGCUAUAGCAUCACAUGACUUCAAUAUCUUCCGGUUGUCAGACGCCCUAGCUGAUACAGGCUUCAGUCUUAACCCACUCCAGUUUCCAUCUAGUAUACAUCUGUGUUGUACAUUGUUACACACUCACCCUGGUGCUGCCGAUAACUUUAUUAAAGAAGUUAAAAAAGCUGUCACUGAAAUCAUGAAGGACCCAAAAGCAAAAUGUGGUGGAAUUGGAGCUAUAUAUGGUAUGGCUCAGUCAAUCCCAGAUCGGUCAAUGGUAUCAGAGAUUGCCGGUCUCUUCCUGGAGGCAUGUUACAGUACCAAAGAUCCUGAACCUGACAAACCUGAUAAAGCCAAUGGUAAAACAAAUGGCAAAGUUGGCAAAGCUAAUGGCAAACACUGAUUGUGUAUCUAUUUAUAGCAUUCUAUUACUAAGGUGCUUCAUUAAGGACAGAGAUUAUACCGGGGAACUAGAGGUUGAGAAAAAGAAAUAAUGAUGUAUAAUUUAGAAAUAUACAAAAAUGACUUUUAUUUUCUAUUUAUCUAUUUUCUCUAGUAGAGAAUCUAUUUUAAUAGUGUUAUGAUUGCAUGACAAUAUUGUUUUGAUGUUAUUUUUGUAUUUUAGGUCUUAAAGAAAAAUUUUGAAACUUGCUUAAUGUUUCUCUUAUAAUUGGAAAUAUUUGCCCAUUAUUCAUUAUGUGUCAAGUUAUUGUAUUUUUUUUUAAUUAUUAAUAAUGUCAUAUGAUUUUUGUGGAGAGAAAAACCCUACAAGAAGUUUUUUAUUGUAAAUUAAUGAUAUUAUGAAUGUAAAUGUCACUUCAUGUAUUCUUUUUUUUCCGCAAAAAUCAGAAGCACCUGGGUUUAAUGUUUAUAAUGCUUUCCAAAUAGAGACCAGAAAUUGUGUGACCUGAUAUGAUGUGAUCUGAUAUCAUGUGACCUGAUAUCAUGUGAUAUCAUGUGACCUGAUAUCAUGUGACCUGAUAUCAUGUGACCUGAUAUCAUGCACAUAGAUAUCAUGUGACCUGAUAUGAUGGGAUCAGAUAUCAUGUGACCUGAUAUCAUGUGUUCAGAUAUUAUGUGACCUGAUAUCAUGUGACCAGCCAUUUGACAUUGUAAAGCAAACUGUGAUUGUUGAAUGGACCAAUUGAUGAAUGGACUUAAAAACAAGACAGCUACAGUAUUGUAAUUACAAAAUUCAACUAUUAAUUAUAAACUUUAUGAUAUAUCAGUUUUAACUUAAUAUACCAACAGUAUACUAAUUAGGCCCUUUUGCUUUUGUAAUAGUUGUCAGCUUUCAAGAAAAAAAUGUUUGCAUAUUUUUAUCAAAUUUAUAGCAAAAAAUUUCUCAAGUAUCAAUAAUAAAUUUGUCAUUGUGUUAACAGUUCAUUCUGCAUAUCAGUUUGAUCUAUUAGAGUAUUCUUAUAAACACUUAAAAGGAGCAGCUUUUCAAAAUAUCUGACUGAGGAUUUUACAUAACAACAAAAUAAUAAAGUUGCAUAUGGGAAGCAUUUAAUUUUUUAGCUCACCUUGCACAAAGUGCAGGUGAGCUUUUAGGAUGGCCAACCAAAUGGCGUCCGUCGUCUGUCGUCCGUCCACAUUUUAAAUAUUCUAAGGACAUCUUCUAUGAUACCGCAAGGCCAAUGUUAAUGAAACUUGGCAGGAAUACUCUUUGUAUGAAGCUCUAUCAAGAUUGUUCAAAGAAUUCCAUUUCAUGCAGAACUCUGGUUGCCAUGGCAACCGAAAGAAAAAUCUUUAAAUAUCUUCUUUUAAAGAACCCAAAGAGCUAGAGCUAAGAUAUUUGGCAUGAAACAUCUUCUAGUGAGUGUCUACCAAGUUUGUUCAAAUAAAAGCCCUGGGGUCAAAAUUGGGCCCCGGCCCCGGGGGUCAUUGAUUUUCCCUAUAUGCAUAUAGUAAAAACUUAAAAAAUCUUCUUUAAAGAACUGUAAAAGCUAGAGCUUAGAUAUUUGGCAUGAAACAUCUUCUAGUGAAUGUCUACCAAGUUUGUUCAAAUAA